AUGUUGCACGAGCUUCUUCUUGCUCUCUUAGGUUUCACCGGAGAUCUAAUCGUCGACGAGCGAGAGCAACGGAAAAAUCUAGGUCUCGUUUUCCACUCCGAUUCACCUCUCUCAGAUGAAUGUACCUUCAAACUCGCUCCCGAUAUCUCCUUUAUCGAACCCAGCGAAAGGGACCUGAUCGAGAGGUUGAUCAAGCUAGGGUUCUACUAUAGGGAGCUUGACCGGUUUGCGAAGAAGUCCCGGAAUUUGAGCUGGAUUAGGUCUGUAACCAGCGUGCAUCCGUUGGAUCGGGCUGAUGAAUUGUCGAAGCAGAGUGGAGAGAAGAAGCCUAGCGUGUACCGUAGAGCCAUUGCUAAUGGAAUUGGGGAGAUUCUUGCGGUUUACAGGUCUGCAGUUCUUCACAUUGAGCAGAAGCUAUUGGCGGAAACUACGCCUAUUCUGGCUACGGUUACGCAAGGGCUCAAUAAGGUUAUUCUCGAGAUUGAGCGUGAUGAUAUUCGUGGAGGGCAGCUUCUGAAUGUAUUGAAUAAAAGGUGUCAUUGUGGUGUGCCUGAACUGAGGACUUGUCUCCAAAGGCUUCUUUGGCAUGGACAUCAGGUCAUGUAUAAUCAACUUGCUGCUUGGAUGGUCUAUGGGAUUCUCCAGGAUCCUCAUGAGGAGUUUUUCAUUAAGAGGCAGGAAGAUGGGGCUUUAGAUCAUCGCUCAUCUCAGGAAGAAAUAUCUGAAAAGUUAGCUCGUACCUCAGUUCAUGAGACAUCUUUAACUGAUUGGCACUCUGGAUUUCACAUUUCUUUGGAUAUGUUACCUGAUUACAUUCCUAUGCGUCUUGGUGAAUCAAUUCUUUUUGCGGGGAAAGCCAUAAGGGUUUUGCGAAAUCCUAGUCCUGCUUUCCAGUUCCAGAAGGACAAGAGUUUUCAGCAAACAAUGCGUGGCUCCCAGAGAAUUCGAGGAUUUAUGCAUAGUGAUUUCCCUGAGAGGGAAACUGAGUUAGAUGCAGAUCUUACAGAAGGAGAGUUGCUUCCGCAAUCUGAGGCAGACAAGAUCGAAGCUAUGCUCAAAGAUUUAAAGGAAUCAUCUGAGUUUCACAAGAGAUCAUUUGAGUGCACUGUUGAUUCUGUUCGAGCAAUAGCAGCCAGUCAUCUAUGGCAGCUUGUUGUUGUGCGUGCUGAUCUCAAUGGUCAUCUGAAAGCUCUAAAAGAUUAUUUUCUCUUAGAAAAAGGAGAUUUCUUUCAGUGCUUUCUGGAGGAGAGCCGCCCGUUGAUGCGUUUGCCGCCUCGCCAGUCAACUGGAGAAUCUGAUCUAAUGGUACCAUUUCAGCUGGCUGCAACAAAAACUAUUGGUGAAGAAGAUAAGUAUUUCUCUAGGGUAGCCCUACGGAUGCCUUCAUUUGGAGUCACGGUCAGAUCUUCUCAAGCUGACCAGGCGAGAUCUAAAGCAUCUCUCACCGCGAAGGCAAAUCUUACAUCAGACACCUCUGUGGAUGGCUGGGAUGCGAUUGCUCUCGAGUAUUCUGUUGAUUGGCCCAUGCAAUUGUUUUUCACUCAAGAAGUGCUUUCUAAAUAUCUCAAGGUAUUCCAAUAUUUGAUACGGCUAAAGAGAACUCAGAUGGAACUGGAGAAAUCAUGGGCUUCUGUAAUGCAUCAAGAUCACUUGGAUUUUGCUCAACAUCGAAAAGGUGGUACAAACGGAUCAAUAUCUCAACAAAGACGACAAGGAAUACAACCCUUGUGGCGAGUUAGAGAGCACAUGGCGUUUCUGAUUAGGAAUCUUCAGUUUUACAUUCAGGUUGAUGUGAUAGAAUCUCAAUGGAAGGUGUUGCAAGCUCACAUCCAUGAUUCUCAAGACUUCACUGAACUCGUUGGCUUCCAUCAAGAGUAUCUCUCUGCUCUUAUUUCUCAAUCUUUCCUCGACAUUGGUGCCGUCUCGAGGAUACUUGACAGCAUUAUGAAACUCUGUCUCCAAUUCUGCUGGAACAUUGAGAAUCAAGAAAACAAGCAAAACACUUUGGAACUUGAAAACAUCGCCGAGGAAUUCAACAAGAAGUCGAAUUCCUUGUACACAAUACUGAGAAGCAGCAAGCUCGCUGGGAGCCAAAGAGCCCCGUUCUUGAGACGUUUUCUUUUACGUCUAAAUUUCAAUUCCUUCUACGAGGCAAGGGGCGUGUUGAAUGUUGUCCGGCAACGUCCAGCUCUUCCAUUGUAA